AUGUACGCUUGCUGCUGUGCCGCCGAAGGAGACGAGAAGGAGAUUCAAUUCAGUACGUCGGCCUUGAAAACCGCCAUCGUCGUGCCCGAGGUGGAGCCGAAAGCACCUGAGUUUGGAGUCUUCAAGGUGAACGUGGCCAGCUAUGAUUUCGUCUCGCUGGGCGUGACCUUUGACACCUUCGGGCCACGGGUGAUCACAGCCAUCAGCGAUGGAGCGCUGGCCAAGUUCAAUGAGCAGAACCCCAACCUGCGUAUUGAAGUCUACGACGCCUUGGUUGCCAUUGAUGAUGUUGAGGAUGCGAAGGGAAUGGACGAGAAGUUGAAGGGCAAGCUGCCAGAGACCCUGACGCUGAAACUCAAUCGGCCACGCCAGGUGAAAGUGGCCUUCAAGAAGACAGGUGGUUUGGGUGUGAAGUUGGACUGGAAAAACAAGAGCCUUGGUAUUGUGGUCAAUGAGAUGCAAGAAUCUGGGCACAUUGCGGACUGGAACAAGGAGCAUCCCAGCGAUGCGGUGACCGUGCGCGAUCGCUUUGUGGAACUCGAUGGCAAACGCUUAUUGGGUGCGGAGAUGAUCGAUGCCUUGAAAAAGGAGAAGGGCGACAACACCAUCACCUUGAUCCUGGGCAAGCAUGGCUCCACCAUGGUCACUGCCGGGGACGCCUUGGGAUUGUCAUCUGAUGUGUUGGCACAUUUGGCACAUGAACUCGCGUUUGUGCCACAGCUGCUGUCAUUGCUGGGAGCUGAAGGCGCUCAAAAAGGCCACCUGCGGGCCAGCGCAAUCCAAGCCUUAGGUGGCAUUGGCCUCGCAGGAGGCAUUGAAACCUGCAGUUUGAUAUCCUAUUGUUGCACCCAGGACCCCGAGGGCAGUGUGAGAGAAGCCGCGUGUGUGGCUCUGGGCCUUUUCGCCGAGGCCGCGGCGCGCGCGGAAGGUGCGGAUGAGCUCUUGGAGCUUGCGCGGCCAGCACUGGCAUCGGCAUUAGAUGAUCCAGAACCCUUCGUGCGCGAAGCCGCAGCUGCUGCCCUACAUGCCGCUGCAGAGGGCGCAGAAAAAAACAUCGAUUUCUGA